AUAAGUUAUCUAUGGACGCACCGGCCAAUGACCAUCUCAUCGUCGUCCUCUACCGCGUAGUUUUUACCCGCGCAAACAUCGUGCGGCGAAAAAAAAAAAUAAGUCGUGUUUAAUCACGAUUGUAUCUACUGAUUUGGCGUGGAAUUUGCAUGAAUUAACCGAAGAUGAUGGAUUCUGACAAAAGUGAUAACGGCGAAAGUCAGACAACUGGAAAAAGAAUGCGGGAAGAUAAUUCUGGGGAUGAAAAAUGCGAUCUUCCAAGUAAACGACCACGUAGUGAAUCAGUGGAGCCUACAGAGCCUGUUGACAGUAAAAAAGAUGUAAUUACUCAGGUAACAAAUGGUGAUACGUCACCUUCAAAAGAACAUACAGAUACCAACAAGGUGGUAGAUGAUGAACAUAAGAAUGGUGAAACUAAUGAAACCGAUGAUCAUAUCAAGCCAAACACAAAAGACGAAGGUCCCGUAAAUUCACCAGAGCCCGUUGAGGUAAUUGAAAAAAAAAAUGAAGAUAUAAUGAAAGAAGAAGUUAUCAAAAUUGAUACAAAAACAGAAAAUGAACCGAUUAAGGAGAAAAGUAUCGAUUCAGAAGUGGUAGAUGGGUUGGAACUGUCAGUUGAAUGUGCCAGUGACAAGGAAGCCUCGAGUUCGGAAAAUGAUGAAGAAAAAGCUUCUAAACCAAGACCUAAAACAAUAAUUGUCACAGCAGAACCGAAUGAUUCCGAGUUAGAAGUUGGCUCGUCUGAAGCAGAAAGGUCAGACAACGAUCACAAAGUUACGGAGAAUGAUGUGAAAACUAAAAAGCGUACAGGAAAAAGAAAAUCAUUUACGAAAGUGGCUAGUUCACGAUCGGAAGAUAGUCUGGAUAGCAAUUCCGAUGAUGAAGAUUACAGUCCUCAGAAUAAGAAAAAGUUGAAGAAGGCUGCAACUCCUAAAAAGGUGACACCUCGCAAAAUGAAGCCUAAAAAAGACCAAAAAAGUGUUGAGAAAUCUGUCACAGAGUCUGACUCUAAUUCCGAACAAUCCAAAUCGGAUGAUGAAGACAUGAAUCUAGCGGAUAGAGCAAAGAAAAGGUCUGCUAAGAAUGUAAGUAAGACUUUGAAGAAAGAUGAAAGUCAUUCGGAAGGCUCCGAUGAAGCUGAUGAUAUGAGUGAUAGUGACGAUAAGAAUAAGAAAAACGGAAAACGGAAGAGUAAAAAUCAGGAUCCGAAUAGCGACAAAAAGAUACAAAAGCUGAAGAAAUGUAUAUCAACAGCUGGUAUACGUAUUAAAUAUCAAGAUCUGUGGUCGGGUUGCACAUCCAACAGGCAACGGGUAAUGAGAAUGCAGAAACUAUUACAAGACCGAGGAAUACAAGGAAUCCCAACUUUGGACAAGUGUAAAAAGUUGAAAGUUAAAAAUGUGACGAAAAAGGAAGUUGCUGAACUAGAUCAGAGCAAUAUCAUAAGCGAAGGUCGUGUUACUCGAUCUAGAAGAUCUGAGAGCAAUAAAGAGGGCACACCCACGCCUACUAAACAACGCGAAGUUCGCAAGAUUUUAAAGCGCAUCCAGCCUGUCUGUGACAGUGAUACCGAAUAGAAUAGAAUUUGAAAAUUGUUAUCUUUUAUAAAAAAAAAAAGAAACAAAAAAAAAUAUAUAUCUGGCUAAGUUCAUUGUCAUUAUUUGCAUUUACAUUAGGUCUUA